GCCUUAUCUAGAUGACCAGAUGUUCCCAAAGUUGUAACAAUUUCUUUCCAAAAACUCUAUCCCCUUUACAAGAAUUCACUUCAAAUGGCUUCCAAUCUUCUUAAAUUCCAUGCACAACCCAUCCAAAAUUUCCACCCUUUGUUCCACUUCAACCUUACCAAAUUGCCAUCCUCAACUUCUUCCUUAUGCUCUAUAGGAUCAACACAGCAACUUAACAAUCUUUAUCUCUCUGUCUCCUUCACAAAACCAACCAAGUUCAAUUUUUUACCUCUUCAAUGUUCACUCUCUUCUCCUACCCCACCUUCCACUAAAGAAGAUGCCAUUUCUCAAGCAAAGUUGUCUCUUUUAACUACUUUAGAGAAACCCCUUAACAAUCCUAAGCUUGUUGGGAGACUCAAGAAACUCAAACAACCAAGAUUUCGUGUUGAAAUUCCAGUUGUUGAUGACUCCUCAUCUGCACUAUCUCAGCUUGCUCUUGAUAUUUUUGCAAACAUGCCCAUUAAAAGAAAAGGCCCAAAAAUCAAGAUUCUGCUUUUAUGGCCUAACCAAAGAUUAACUCAAGCUGCACAAAAAGCCUUCGAGAGUAAGUCUUCAAACCCCAUUAUUGAAAAUUUUGAUAUUUCAUCAAUAUCUGAUGAUGGGGAUAUCAGAAUGAUGAGUUCUGGAGAUGUGAUAGUGUUUAUGGCUCCAGAGGCUUCAAAAUUAAGUGUAAUGGAGGCUAUUGCUGAUGCAUUGUAUCCAAAGCCUGUGGUGAUUUUCAAUCCCAAAUGGGGGUUUGAUGAAGAGAGUAGCUUUGGUAAGUUGAGUGGAUUUGUGGGUUCAUUUGAGGUUGUGUAUUCAUUUAUGGGAUUAGAGGUUAAAGGGAUAUUAAGUAAGAGAAAUGGUGUGAUGUUUAAGUGUGUUAGGAAUGGGGUUUUGAGUGGUGAGAAAUGGUAUGUCUUUGUUGAAGAAGAUGGAGAAUUGAAGGUGGUUUCAAGGUUUAAAACAAGGCCAUCGAUUGAGGAAGUUGAAAAUGUUUUGUAUAAUUUGAUGGCGAUGAAUUCACCAAUCACAAAGUCAGCAAAGUUCUUGAAAGAUUUGGUGUCAAAUGUAAGGGGACAAAAGUAAAGCACAAUAAUUCAACUUUGUGUAGUUCUCAUUAGAACUCUUUUGGUGAAAAAGGUGACUUAAUUUUUAGAACAACAGUGUCUCGCUUGAUCCUUUACAAUGAUAUUACUGUUUUGCUACUUGUUUCCUUUUCUGUCUUCCCAAUAAUUACAGUAUUAUUCCUCUUAGAUGUCCAUACUAGCUUUGCCAGGUUUUAGUGGCUGUUACAACUUAAACUCUGCUGCAAUUUCACUCUCUCCACUCCCUCACCCUUACUUAAAAAGGGACAAAAAUGAAAAUAAAGGGGAGAAAGAACGAGAUUUAUGUCUCUUUGCAACUAUGGGAGUAGAACUAUUGGCUUCACAAACUAGGGCAAGUAGGCAUUGACAUAUGUACUUCUAUUGCAAGGAGGUGGAAGCCAUGUAUCCGCCUUCUUUUGCUAGUAUGGUAAUUUGAUCUCUUUCCUCAUAAUUUUGCAUGGUAUAUCCAAAAAAGUGAAAAACACAUUUAGCAGCACCAUCUCAAGGAUGAAUCACUUACAUUAUCUGUGUAAGCAUUCUUUGGUGAAAUUCCAUCAUAUGUUGCAUAAUUCUAAAACCUACCGACUAAAACAAAUCAGAGAACCAGAAACUCCUGUAGUCAUGAAAAGUUCCAGAAUGUCAAGUGGUGCUGUUGCCAAUUUACCAUAUCUCAUUAAGAAUUGGAAAUCUUUUGGUCGUUUGAUCUCUCUUCAGACGUAUGUUCUCUCAUUUACAAGCAACACAGCAACAUACUCUGUUCCAGGGGAGCCUUGGCGUAACUGGUAAAGUUGCUGCGAUGCGACCAGGAGGUCACGGGUUCGAGCUGUGGAAACUGCCUCUUGCAGAAAUGCAAGGUAAAGCUGCGUACGAUAGACCUUUGUGGUCCGUCCCUUCCCCGGGACCCCAUGUAUAACAGGAGCUUAAUGCACCGGACUGCCCUUUUGAUGCUUGUGUUUUCUGGUAACAUAGUCCUAGCACGUGCCAAAAUGGCUCGAUGAAAUGGACACGGCCAUGAAGAUGAAGUGUAAUUAGACAAGGAGUUAAUGUCCCUAGCGGUCACAAACUUAAGUCUAAUUUCAAGUUCUGCAUAGGUAAAGAAAAACUUCAUCACCCAAUAUUCCAAUAAGGGCUAUCAAGCAGUUUCUAAAGCUAUGUUGGUUUAUAAUCUGGCUUUGUCUAAACAAAACCUUAAGAUUGCUUAAAUUGUUUUGGGUAGGAAGGUGUGGAGGUCGAGAAUCAAGGUAGACGGCUAGUAGGUAGUCGAGAGUAUUAGUGUUAGUCUUGUAUUCUGUUAUUGUUGGAUUUUUUAGUAUUACUUGUUGUUCCUUUCGUUUCGUUUUGUUUUCUUACUAUCUUGUUGUUGUUAGUGCUUGGUGCUAUUGCUUUUCUUCUCGUCUUUCAUGAGUUGAGGGUCUGUUGGAAACAACCUCUCUACCUUCAAGGUGGGGUAAGGUCUGUGUACAUAUUAUCCUCCCCGAACCCCACUUGUGGGAUUACACUAGUUUUGUUGUUGUUGCAUAUUGUCGAAGUGAUGGAUCAUUUUGGCUAACUCGCAAUUUAAGCCUUCAAGCUAGAAGUGGUAUGUUUGACUUAUAGUUGUUUUCCUCCAUACUUCUAGAUUAACAAUGUUCAUGCCGUAGGCCCAUGCAUCUCACUAAAUCAAAGUUUUUUGCUAUGAGGGGAUGAGAAAAAUCCAAAUCGCUUUUGAAUCACUUUGAUAUUACAAAUUGUCUUUUCCCAUGCACAUCUUCAUAGCUCCAUUCGCCUUUUCAUUCAUGUCGAUGUCCCACAUAAGCGAAAAAUGAUUUUGAACUAUGAUGUCGUCAUCCAGCAAAACAACCUUAUCAAGAGUGGGUUACACUUUAAAGAUAUUCAUACUUAGUAGAAAUAUUUAGGUGCUUCAAAGGGUGGAAUGGAUGUUACAUGCAUUUUAAGUAAAGGACAAAUGUCUUGAAAUUUCUGCGCUUACCUCUGGAAAAGGAAUGCUUAUGUGGUUCCCUUUCCAAAAAUUGUGUGCUUCUGUGGUUCAACAGUGAAUAUAUUGUAACUUUGCUGCACGCCACAGUUGUGGAUGACCCUUACCCUGAACUGUGACCUUGGCUUUUGGUCUUUCUCCAUCAGUUCCUGAACUCAGACCUUCGUCUUCACGAACCAAUCAAAAUGGUGCAACUCUUUAAAUCUUAUUAUGUGAAGGACAACCUUCUUCAGGUGAGUGAUGAUGCAACAACAGAAGCGGCGUGAAUAUUAUCAGAGGCAAGUACGUGAUGGGAGUAUGAAUUAUCAACUAAGGCAGGGACUAGUUAUUGAUGACAACUGAAGACGGGCGUUGGCAUUCGUUGGAUGCUCAUGUACUAGCUUCACAGCAAGACAAUGCACCAGUUCUAAAAUGCAGCUAGAUGCUACAUGCCGGUAUAGGUAAUCUUGAACUUUAGCAGUUUUUGUUUUUUGUUCAAGGAGACUGACCUGCAAGAGAAUAGGCACUUCUCAAGCCUUAGUUUGGAUGCAAGUUGUGCUCUUAGUUUGUAUGUGGGAUGUCAUUUUUGCAUUUUUUGUGGCUGAGGUUUGCAUUGUGGAUAUCUCAUGACCUUUUGCUUCAUAAAUUUUUCUACUUUUUUGUGUUCUAGUUAUUUAUUUAGAGGGCAACAGAAUUAACCAACUCAACUUCCUUGUCUUGCAGACAAAUUUUGGUCUAUGACACCGUGUGGUACACUGAUACCUUCAAAUGUUUCUAAUUGUAUAUAGGUUUGUUGAAGGCACGGUAAGAGCAUAAUACAAUAGUUUUAAGCUUGA